GGAACCCUGCACAGGAGUCGCCUUCUUGAGCACCGCAAGGACCAACACGAGGAGCAGCACCAUGUUGAGGAUUGUGGUCACAGUGGCGAGCCUGGCAGCGGUGGCGGCGGCGGCGGCUUUGCGGAGUCACCCGAGAGUAGAGAUCGAGGAGGACGCAGUGUCGUUGCCGUUCCUGAAGGACCUGCCGAAACCGUGGGUUCUGGGGCAGGUCCCUCCGCCGGGCUGGAAGAAGGAGCCCACGACGCGUCCCCCCACCCUGAAGGAGGUCACGGUACCCAAGUACUACUACCCCUACUUCGGGUCGCCGGCCCUCAAGUACCGCCUCAGGACGGAGGGGUCGGGCGUGGCGGUGCACCCCGGCGGCGCCACCUCCUUCGUGUCCCCUCAGGUGCACGGCGUCGGGAAGCGCUCCACGAAACCCUCAGCCUCAGUGAUCGUGCGGCGGAGCCCUGUGCCCCUGCUGCCCCCUUACGUGUACGACCCCUGGCGCUACCCAUACUACCCCCGCCCCCACUACCGCGCCCUCGUCUACCCCCCGUCCCCCUACCCGGCCAGCAGCUUCGUCUACCACAGACAAACACACAAACGGUCACCACUCACCUCGGAGUCUGAACACGGCUACAGCUACGGGUGGUGAGUGGCGGGGCGGGGUGGGGCAGGGCGGGGCAUGGCGGGUCGGGGCGGGACAUGGGAGCACCUUGGCAUUAGAGGGACGAGGAGUAACCUGUGAUAGGCCGGCGCCACUCCGCUGGUUUUUUGCAGAUGUUUGCACCGUCUCUCCUACACGUUGUUCAUUGAUCAUAUUAUAAUAAAGGUUAUA